AUGCUCUCGCUCGCUCUGCUCUCCGCCUUGAUCGGACCUCCAGCCACUAGCGCCCCACUGACCGGCCAUUUUCAAGUGGUUGCCAUUCCGUUCGCAACGGUCGACGCGAACAGUUACUGCCGCAAGCUCCACUCGAAGCUGCUCCAAGCGGCGGAUUCGAUUUUUGUGCUCGAAACAAGUGUCCCCCGGCGGGUUUAUCAGGUGGUGCCAGCAAUGGAACCGAUUCGACCAACGGCUCCGGAUGUCGCCGGAAACGAAGUGGACGACAUUCCGGUCGACGAUCUUGUGAAUAUGAUACGCCAACAAGAGGUCACGGUCGUGAGCCACCAGAUUGUGGAAACCAUCACGCUGGAAACGAACGAUGGUCUGGUACGGUUGACGGUCGAGCGUCCCGGUAACUUAGGUCCAUCCAUUGCAGAGGCAUCCGAUGUGCUACCCAGAAGUGGGCUGGGCAAUGAUAAACUGCUCCUGUCACUGCUCGGCGGUGGCCGCCAGAGUAAGGUGCGGCGCAUCGAACGUGUUAAAAAUCUGUAACCCGGAGGGCACCCUAAAGCACCUUUCGCACCUAUCCGGACGUCCCGAAUCCUUCCCGCCAUGUAUCGGUCGAGCCAUGGUGGCCUAAUCUUCAUCUAAUCCCAGCGCCCCCAGCCAACGCCACAAGACAAACAAAUCCAAUUAUAAUUUAUUAGAAGAAGCGAUAACAUACAGCACUUUCGCCGAGCCGAGAGUUCGGGCUUAAAUCGUCACAUCGCAUGUCGCACGGACCAAACCAACGGUGGGGCCCUGCCACGGACCGGAAGGCCGGAAAACAAAUGACCUGGAGGGGCCCCGGGAAUCCUCGAGCAAACUUCGAAUAAAUAUUAGCCUUCCAUGGCCGGGCCUGGGGCGGGCUUGUUAAGAUUGAACCGUACAUAUCUGGCCCAAUUUCUUUACCCGCUUUUUAACCUUUAUCACCAGCUCGCUUGGGCCCAAGGUCCUAGCGAUUCUCGGCUACCCGUCUCCUGACACCACCCCCAGCCGGUGGCGUUAAGAAUCAUCGACCUUCGGCCGAGCCCCAUGUGUCAAAAUCACCUUCACCAGCGAACCCCGCCGGGCGUGGAUGUCCUCAAGAGCGGGGACCAACCGCCG